CCCUGCUUUGAGAGCUGGAUCCACGCCUUAUAUUGGAAGAGCUAUGUAGUACGCUGUCAAGCCAUCACCUUAUUUUUCAUGUAAUCAGGUUAAUAUUAGGACGUUUAUAUAUAAGAAAAUUAUCGAUCCACUACCCAAAUACUUCAUCAGAUACUACAGCAGCUACAAAAAAAGUUUACUAAUAGUUCUGGUUGUUUAUAUUCCAGAUGGCAGCCAUGACUUUCAAGAGUACGGUCAGCUGUCUGUUCUUCAUCAUACAACUGGCAGCGCAAGUUUCUGCUGGCACCCAGUUCGCUUCACACGUGAGCGUGAACACACCUGCGCGGAGCUUCACACACGGGGUUGGUGACCCUGUGUCUUCGUUCGCCAGAAGAAACUAUAACACCCGGCAGUCUUCGUCCCGAAGUUUACAGCACCCAGCUGCCCAAUCUCGAGGAACAGGCUACGCACGAAUCCGGCCAUCGAUACCAUUUAUAAAUGAAGAUGUCCAUCACGACAACACGAUAAAUGUAUCACCCUGGCAAUACAACAAUUACAGGGAUAUUGCUAUACCUGUGCUGCCACCAUCGCCAUACAAGGUAGACUCACCGGACCCAGAAUCUCUAUGGCCCGAAGGUCUGUUUCUACCGCCGAUUAACGCGCCACGUUUUGGGGCAAUCAGCAACCGCCGCAGUGAGGUAUUGUCAGAAGCGGAAGGCUAUGACCCGUACCUACUAGAGGCGUCUGAGGCAGUCGCAGCUGUCAAGCGAGCGGACGGCCAUGGCGUCUAUUACUUCCAUAAUAUACCUCACAUCGAAUCGCUGCUCGCCAACCAAGAACUAAGAAUAAAAAACAAUUUAAAACCACAUCGAAUAGCCAGUAUACGGCACACGUGGCCUUAUAACCGACCGUAGCGAACAAAACCGACGAAUAAAACAACACCUUCAAUAUUGCAAUUAUAUAUUUGUAUACAGAUGUAAAAAUACUCAAUAAAAGUCAUUAAUAUUAUACAAAGGUAUUGCUAUCUAGUUUUAUUUGAACAAUUAAUUCGAUAAAUGAACAAAUGAGAAAAGAAUUUUAGGUAUUUAUUUACCUAAAUUCAAAUAAGUACAAUAGCACAGUUCAGUGACUUCAUUAUCGUCUAAUUAGGCAAUUACAUUCUAGUAGAACCAGCAUUGCAAUACCAGGUAAAACAAC